GGGGAGGCCACAGAAUGAGAGGGUUAUUUAGGAAGACGAAGACCAAUAUAUUAAUAAGAGCCCAUAAACCUAUAAAUAUGAAUGAAUACACACGGGACGUGGGGGAGGGGAGGGGCACAAUUAAUUAAAGACUCUUACCAAAUCGGAAACUGCUCCUUUUCGUCUUCCCAUUUACUUCACUUUGAAGUCCCCUCGCCCUCCUCCAUUUCUCUACUCUACUCUACUCUCUCUCUCUCUCUCUCUCUCUCUCUCUCUCUUUGCUUCUUCGUCUUCCAUCUCUCUCUAUCUCUGUCUCCCUCUCUAUCUCUCUCUAUGCCUUUAAGAUUCUCUAAACCCAUCUUUCCCUCUCUCUCUCUCUCUCUCUCUCUCCUAAAACCACAUCAUUGAUCUAAGCCUCUCUCUCGUGACUAAUCCUCUUCAGAUAUGGGUUCCUGUGUCUCCUCCUCUUCUCACCACAAGAGCCCCUCCGCCGCCUCUGAUUCCGUCGUUAAGCUUGCCGCUUUCAUCUCCCCCCUCACUACUGACGUCAUCUCUUCCCCCACCACCACCAUCAACGUCAACCCUCCUCCCAUUCAUUCCGCUCGUCUUGAUUCCCCUCCUCCUGGUGAUAAAGAGGAGAUGAUAUUUUUCGAUUCAAGGGGGUGGCUUGAUUCGGACUGUGAAGAUGAUUUCAUGAGCGUCGAUGGUGAAUUUACGCCGUCGCGAGGAACAACACCGGUCCAUCACAAAUUCUGCGACCAAACUCCUCAAGGAGAGGAGAAAACCAAUGAAGAAGAACAGUCUGAUCCAAUCGAUAACAAAAAGAGACUCCUCGAACUCUUCAAAGAGACGCAAGACGAGGAUGAAGAGGAAGACAAUUACGUGGCGGAAGGCAAAUCAAGAGCCUGUCUCUGGCUAAGAACACCGGUUAGAUCUUCUGCCCCGGCCACUCCUUAUAAUAACAACAAAGAAAGACAACAAAAGCUCAAGAGGGUGAGAUCCGCUGCUCACGGUGGCUGCGUUCCGCGUUUGGUUUCCUGUAGUAGCUUCACUGAUCGCCGACGGAAUAUGAUGACUCAUGCCCCCAUUGACGUCCAACGCUAAAACGACAAAACAAAAGAAGAAGAACAAAAAACUUAAAUAUUAAAUUACUAUACAUUUUAUACAGAAUAUGUUCCUUAAUUUGUCUUUUAUUCUUGUUUUUUCCAAAGGAUCGAACAAUAUAAUGUUCUUUUUUCAGCUCAUAAUGCUAGCUUAUGAGUUAUGACAGUUGCAUU